AUGUCUGCACUUCGAAGGAAAUUUGGGGACGAUUAUCAAGUAGUGACCACCUCGUCCAGUGGGUCAGGCUUCCACCAGCAGCAAGGCUCGGCCCACAAGAAAAAGCGCCAGAGGUUUGUGGACAAGAAUGGCAGGUGUAACGUGCAGCAUGGCAACCUGGGCAGCGAGACAAGCCGCUAUCUGUCGGACUUGUUCACCACCUUGGUGGACCUCAAGUGGCGCUGGAACCUUUUCAUCUUUAUCCUCACCUACACCGUGGCCUGGCUUUUCAUGGCCUCCAUGUGGUGGGUCAUCGCCUACAUACGGGGUGACUUGAACAGAGCCCACGAUGAGAAAUAUACCCCGUGUGUUGCCAACGUCUACAACUUCCCCUCUGCCUUCCUCUUCUUCAUAGAGACAGAGGCUACAAUUGGGUAUGGCUACAGAUACAUUACAGACAAAUGCCCGGAGGGCAUCAUCCUCUUUCUUUUCCAGUCCAUCUUGGGCUCCAUUGUGGAUGCUUUUCUUAUAGGCUGUAUGUUUAUCAAGAUGUCCCAACCUAAAAAACGGGCGGAGACACUGAUGUUUAGCGAACAUGCUGCCAUAUCCAUGAGGGAUGGCAAACUCACCCUCAUGUUCAGGGUGGGCAACCUUCGCAACAGCCACAUGGUCUCUGCACAAAUCCGCUGCAAACUUCUCAAAUCUCGUCAAACUCCUGAAGGUGAAUUUCUGCCCCUCGAUCAACUUGAACUGGAUGUAGGUUUUAGCACAGGGGCGGAUCAACUUUUUCUUGUGUCACCACUCACAAUCUGCCAUGUGAUUGAUUCAAAAAGCCCCUUCUAUGAUCUUUCUCAGCGAAGCAUGCAAACGGAACAGUUUGAGAUUGUUGUCAUCCUAGAGGGCAUUGUGGAAACAACUGGAAUGACUUGUCAAGCCAGAACAUCAUACACAGAAGAUGAGGUUCUCUGGGGUCAUCGUUUUUUUCCUGUCAUUUCCUUAGAAGAAGGAUUUUUCAAAGUAGACUACUCCCAGUUCCAUGCAACCUUUGAAGUUCCUACUCCACCCUACAGUGUGAAAGAACAGGAAGAAAUGCUGCUUAUGUCCUCCCCUUUGAUAGCACCAGCUGUAGGGAACAGUAAAGAAAGGAAUAAUUCUAUAGAAUGUCUAGAUGGCCUUGAUGACAUUGGUACAAAGAUACCCUCCAAACUACAGAAAAUGACUGGAAGGGAAGACUUUCCUAAAAAACUGUUAAGAAUGAGUUCUACUACUUCAGAAAAAGCCUAUAGCAUGGGGGAUCUUCCUAUGAAACUUCAGCGAAUAAGUUCUGUCCCUGGAAACUCAGAAGAGAAACUGAUAUCUAAGACCACAAAAAUGUUAUCAGACCCUAUGAGCCAAUCUAUGGCAGACUUGCCACCAAAACUUCAAAAGUUAUCCGGAGAAGGAGGAGGCAGAAUGGAGGGAAACCUUCCCCGAAAGCUGAGAAAAAUGAAUUCCGAUCGAUUUACAUAA